UGGUGCCACAGGUACUGCAUUCAAAAAUGGACCAAAACGGCAAAGAUGAACGCGAACCUCUGGCGAAUACAUCUUUGGAAAACGGAAAUAGAGGGGCGAGAUCGACAGAGCAACCCUCAGAACUAGAGAGAACGUCGUCUCUCUAUGGCGUUCAACUCGAGAGAGAAGAUGAACCAGUGACUGUUAAGCGCCGAGUUUUUACCCAAGAACACUUCGACAAACACCAUGGGUUUUCCCAGCGGAGGAAGUCUAAGACUCCCAAAGAGCAUGCGCACCACGUGCGGCGUAAAUUACGUAAUCGUUGUGCAUGCUCACGUGACUGUAUCCAGGGGUUUCUGCUCCGACUCUUCCCCUUCGUGUCCAUAAUGAGGCAGUAUAAAUUCCCCCAGUGGUUCGUUGGUGAUCUGGUGUCUGGGUUGACGGUGGGAGUGAUGCACCUUCCACAGGGUAUGGCAUACGCUUUAUUGGCAGGGCUCCCGUCCAUCCACGGCCUGUACGUGUCAUUCUUCCCUCCGCUCGUUUACUUCUUCUUUGGGACGUCCAAGCACAUUUCCAUAGGUACCAUGGCGGUCGUCAGCCUCAUGGUAGGGGCAGUCGUAGACAGACAAGCUGUGUCAUGGACCGCUCCCGCAGCGUCCCCAGAUGUCUUCAACGAUUCAAGCGUUGCCAAUGCCACUUCUGUACCUACCAUCAUAUGUGACGCCGAUACCAACUCCAACCAAGACUGCGUGGACUUCAAGAUAGGCGUUGCCACCGCUUUGACCAUGCUGGUCGGAUUUUGGCAGUUAUUGAAGGGCACGUUUCGUCUUGGUUUCAUCACCAACUACCUGUCCGACCCCCUCAUCAGUGGGUUCACCACGGGAGCCGCCUGCCACGUGUUUUCUUCACAGAUUAAACACGUCUUUGGACUCAGAAUUAAGGCGUCAAAAAUCACCAAUCCGUUUAAACUCGUCAAAUUUUACAUCCAGUUCUUCCUCACCCUUCCCCAAACCAAUUUGGCCGCUCUCAUCAUGUCAGUAGUGUGCAUACUAAUGUUGGUGCUGACAAAAGAGUGUAUCAACGCUAGGUAUAAGGCGAAGAUGAAGAUGCCGGUGCCCAUUGAGCUGAUUGUGGUCAUUCUGGGUACUAUGGUAUCCUACUUUGCCAAAAUGGACGAGGUGUUUAAUCUGACGGUGGUCGGGUCUAUUCCAACAGGCAUCCCUGUGCCGACCCUACCUCCUGCCGAACAUUUCGGGACUCUAAUCGUCGAUGCGUUCGGAGUGGCCAUUGUGGCCUUCACCAUAUCCGUCUCCAUGGCAAAGAUACUGGCCAAACAACAGGGAUACGUCAUAAGCCCGGACCAGGAGCUUAUUGCCUAUGGUAUGUGUAACAUCAUAGGCUCUGUCUUCACUACGUUUUCUUGCUGCGCGUCCAUGUCUAGAAGCCUGGUGCAAGAGACGACCGGAGGAAAAACGGAGGUUGCAAGUAUCGUUUCCAGUGGCUUUAUUCUGAUAGUUAUACUUGCCGCAGGGCCGUUAUUUCGAACUCUUCCAAGGUGUGUUCUUGCCUCUAUCAUCAUCGUGGCUCUGAAAGGCAUGUUCCUGCAGGUCAAAGACCUGAAGAGACUGUGGAGGAUUUCAAAGUUUGAUUUUGCCAUAUGGAUAGUCACAUUCGUCUCCGUAGUGUUCCUCAAUGUGGAUAUGGGACUUCUGGUAGGGGUGGGGUUCUCUCUCAUCACUAUUGUCUUCAGGACACAAUGGCCCUACAGUUGUCUCUUUGGUAGAGUGCCUCACACAGAUAUAUACAGAGACAAAAACGUUUACAAAGUGGUCGAGGAGGUUCCUGGAAUCAAGAUUUUUCACUUUGAAUCCUCCCUGUAUUACGCGAACGCUGAACAUUUCCGUAACAAGCUCUACUCAACCACCGGAUGUGACCCUGGUCUCCUCAAGGCCGAAAGGAUGGCGAUAAACGAGAGACAAGAAGCUCUUGCAAAGCAAAAGAAAAAGAAAGAAAAAAGAGAGAAGAAAAAGGAAAACGCAAACCAGACGGAAAAAGAAGCAGACGACCAUCCGUCCAUAGCUCUAGUGGACGAGUCCAAACAAGCAGACAAGCAUCUGUUGUCUCUGGAGGACGAACUUCCACAACCUGACAUCCACCACAUCAUAGUGGACUGCUCCGCCAUGACCUUUAUUGACGCCGUAGGGGUGAAGGUGCUGAAACAGGUUAUAGCAGAAUACAAAGCAGUCGGCGUUCGAGUUGUCCUUGCUCACUGUAGAGCUCAGCUGGGAGAAAUGCUGGAGAAAUGCAUGCCAACUGAAGACGACCAAGAAGACCUCAUCUACUUCAUGGUGCACGAUGCCGUGCUGGUCGCUUUGGACAAAGAACGAACCUUACGCGAAAAGUGUAUCUGA